AUGGCCGUCUUCUUUUUUCUCUUCUUGUUCGGACAGCAUCUCCACUCUGGGCCUCAACGGCUCUGGCUGGACAAGCUGUGCAUUCCACAGGCGGACAAUGCUGUCAAGCAGAUCUUCGUGCAGUCUCUGCCCACAUUUGUGCGACGAUCUUCCCAGAUGCUGGUGCUAUGGGACGGCACAUAUUUUGAACGUCUUUGGUGCAACCUCGAGUUCGCGAUGUUUCUGAAUGCGCGAAACAGUGAGGGCAAUGCACUGGUGGUGGUGCCUCUCUGGCUUCCCCCGUGGCUGCUGCUGACGAUGCUGCUUGACUGGAUCAGCGUGCGCUUGCUAUUACUCCCGAUUCAGACAGUGUCGCAAUCCUUUGCGUGGCAUCAGCUGUUGGAGGCUCCGAGAUCACACUGGCUCUGCCUUCUGCAGGGUAUUUGGUACAAUUGGUGCAACCUGGUAGCUUACAUGCCCGCAGCGAUGGCCACGGCAGUGUCCUUUCGGUUUAAACUGUCGCAGCACAUGUUUAUGCUGCGUCAACUUGAGAGCUUCGACGUUCGGGCGACGAAAUGUACUGUGAGUGCCGAUCGGCCUAUGCUAGAGGCAGAGAUCGCAUUGUUGUACGAUGAGAUUGACACCCUCCCUGUCAGUGUGGAUGUAGACUCGCCGGACGAAGCAUCGCCCGUGCCCACAACGCCUGCGGACCACGCUGACCGAGAGAGGCUUCUGCAAGAGUCAGCCGUGGUGAGGAGUCAAGCAGUCCGUCCUCUCACCAGCUACCCAAGUCAUUCAGAUUGCCUUGAGCUAUUCAAUGCAGAGGUACGUGGGCCGCUACUUAAGACCAUCCUAUACCAUUCCGGAAGCUCAUCCGACUUGCCUUUGGGCAUCUGCAUGCAGGCAUUUGCCCCCUUGUGGUUCUUUCUGCUCUCAAGCUCUUAUUUGGCAUGUGACGGGUUUUCUUCAUGUCACGCGGCCAUCGAGUUCGAGGGCUUCGCAUCAGUGCGGGAACUCUACUUGGUCGACUGUGCCUAUGUUCUUAUCCUUGCACUUUGCAUUCCGACGGUCUUCCCCACCCUGUUGAGGAUGCUACAACGGGCAAUUGCAGCAUCCUGUUCCUUCUCCGGCCAAGUGGCGGUGACUGUACUUGGAGCCUUUCUAGCCUACUUGUACACCUUCACUUUGGCAGGAGCGACAACCGGUUGCAUGAUGGCUCUUGUGGUCAGAGGUCCCAAGCUCAGCUGGCUACUCCUCUUUGGCCUGCUUUGUACUUGGUCGGUUUGCCAGUGGUACAUAUUCUUUUUCAGAGAUUGGCUUCCGAAGUGGCUACCUACAUCCUGCAGAUGCUUGAAUAAGCACGCAGACAAGUACUGA